AUGUACCACGACAUGGACGCCGACCUCAUACGGGCGUGGCAGAUCCUCCACGAGCUCUCCGACCAAAAUGCGCUCAACCAGAAGCUGGCCGCGAAUCUCGCUGCUCAGGCGCACGCCCUCAAAGCUGACGCGGAAAGCGUGGCUAGCGGGUGCUCGUUGCGGAGAGUCAAUGUGGACAUCUCGAAAGAGGUCUUCGAGUCUGAGCUCGAGCGACAUAAUGCGCACAUCAUCAUCGAGAACCACACGCUGCUGCAGGAAAACAAGCAGCUCUCCCUGCUGCUGAAGGAGUACGAGGAGACCAUGGAGAACGUCAUGUCCAAGUUUCGCAAUCACGCAUUUGCGGCCCAGCAGCACGAACUGACCGUGACCCGCCACUACGAGGCCCUCGUCCAAAACCUCGACGCAUCCCUCGCCCAAAACGACCUCUCCACCAACACCACCACCACCCUCUCCCUCCACCGCCUCGCCCAGUCCCUCCGCGCCCUACUCCUCUCCCUCGCCGGCGAGCCCACACACCCCCCAUCCCCUUCACAACCCUACGACCCCUCCAACCCACCCCCGCUCUCCCAACACCCGCACCACGACCCCGCGCCUCCCGCACUGGCCCUCCCCGCCGCCGUGCCCACCCUCGCCGAGCUCGACGCCCUCCUCGGCGCGCGCGCGGACUGGGCGACGGAGCGCGAGGCCGAGAUCGCGCGCCUGGCCGCCGCGAACGCGCGCCUCCGCGCCGCGCUCGGCGUCGACGCCGCCGCCGCCCGCGCCAACGGCUGGCUCGCGGACGAGGCGCGCGACGCCGCGCUCACGCUCUCCUACGCGCACUCGUACGGGUACGCGGCGGGCGCGGCGGCGUUCCGUCGCGCGGCGGGCUCGGCUGCGGGUGGGGGCGGGGGCGGGUACCGUGCGGGGAGCCCCGGGCAGCGCGGGCCCGUGCCCGUGUUCGACCAGCCGCAGAUGGGUAUGGGGAUGGGUAUGGGGAUGGGCAGCAGCAGCAGCAGUACCAGCAGCAGGGCCCGCAGGGGCCGCAAGCGCAGCAGUUCCAGAUGCAGUUCCAUAUGCAGCAGCAACACCAGCAGCAGCAAGCAGCAACAACAACAACAAAUGCAGCAGCAGGCGCACCAGCAGCAAAUGCAGCACCAGCAGCAGAUGCAGAUGCAGCAGGGCGUCGGCGUCCCGGGGGGCAGCCUCAUGCAGCUCGCCGGCGCGGGCGGGGAGCCACACGAGGCUUGA